AUGGCUGAUUCUGCUAUUUGGUAUGCCUCGAACCAUUUGGAAGUUCUUAAAAGUACAUGGUCUUUCUUUACUUGGACUAAUAAUCAAGAGGGAGUGUCCAGAAUUUAUUCCAAAAUAGACCAUGUGUUUAUUAAUGAGGUUUGGGCUGUGGACUUCCCUAGUUCUACUGCUAUUUUUAAAUGGGAAACUAGUUCGGAUCACUGUUCUUGUACCAUUUCUGUUCUUCCAAUUGAGAACUUAGGGAUUAAACCUUUUAGAUUCUAUAAUUUUUGGACUGAGCAUGUUCAUUUUAAGCAGCUGGUUUUGGAAUGUUGGAAGCAGCCGAUGAAGGGAUCUGGUUUGAAAUCCAUAUACUUGAAGACAAUGAGGCUUAAGCAUAAACUUAACAGGUUUAACAUGGACCAAGUUGGAUAUAUAGGGGUUCAAUUUCAGAAAGCUAAAGAUGAAUUUCAGAAUGCUCUGUACUAUGCUCAACUUUAUCCUAAUAAUAUGAUCUGCCAAGAAGAAGUUAAAGUAGCAACUGCCAAGUUCAGAGUUCAGGAAAAAAGCUAUUACAGCUUUUUAACUCAAAGGAGUAAGAUUAGGUGGCUGAAUCAAGGGGACAUGAAUACUGUGUUUUUCUUCACCUAUAUGAAGAAACACAAAGAGGAUAAUAGAAUAGCCACGUUCAUCAAUGAACAAGGUAGGGUGGUGGACAACUACUCGGAAGUUGUUGCUCAUUUUCUGAACCCUUUUCAGGGUAUUAUGGGCAGUCCCAGUUUGGUUUCCAAGGGCAUUAACAGUAAGAUUGUGGAUAUGGGAACUAAACUGAACCUAGACCAGCAGCUACUAUUAUUGCAACCGUUCACGCAUAAGGAAAUUCAUGAUGCUAUGUUUAGUAUUUCUAGUAUCAAGUCACCUGGUCCUGAUGGUUUUGGGUCAGCAUUUUAUAAGGUGAUGUGGCCGGACAUAGGGGAUGAGGUUUGUAGAGCGAUUCUCCAAUUUUUUGAGACAAGUUUUAUCCCUGAAGAAGUGCUGAAUACUUCAUUAUCUUUGGUCCCUAAAGUUGAUACUCCUAAUCGAGCUGUGGAUUUUAGACCUAUUGCAUGUUGCUCAACCUUGUAUAAAUGUGUUUCAAAGCUACUUUGCUCUCGGUUAGCCAAAGUCCUCCCUAUUUUAGUUCACUCUAAUCAGGGAGCAUUUAUUCAAGGUAGAUCAAUAGCCCAUAAUGUUCUCAUUUGUCAAGAUAUCAUCAAGAAUUACAGAAGGUCAUCCAUUUCACCUCGGUGCGCUAUUAAAGUUGACAUAAGCAAAGCCUAUGAUACAAUAGAUUGGAGGUUUAUUGAGGAUCUCCUUAAGGCGUUAUGCUUUCCUUCUAGAUUCAUUGGCUGGAUAAUGACUUGUAUUUCCAAAACCUCUUAUUCCUUAAUUAUGAAUGGAAGGAUUCAGGGCAAAUUCAAAGGGACGAAGGGGCUGAGACAGGGGGAUCCUAUUUCCCCUUUUUUAUUUGUCUUAGUGGUGGAGUAUCUGACUCGUAGUCUUCAGUUAGCAGCACAGAACUCAGCCUUCAGAUUCCACCCUUUAUGUAAGAAUCUUAAGCUUAUUAGCCUUUAUUUUGCUGAUGACUUAUUAAUUUUUUGUAAAGGGGUGUUGUCUUUAGUUAAAAUCAUCAAGAGUGUGUUGGGGGAGUUUAGUUCUGUGACUGGUUUGCAGAUUAAUGAGAGUAAAUCUCAGGUAUUUUAUGGGGGAAUUUCAGCUUCUGACCGUGAGCUGAUAUUAGCUGAGUUGAAACUUUCUGAGGGGGUAUUUCCCUUGAAGUAUCUAGGAGUCCCUAUGAGACCUACUAAAUGGAAGCAUGAAGAUUGUGAUGUCAUCAUUCAAAAAAUAAAAAUGAGAUUACACACAUGGGCUAGUAGACACCUAUCAUUUGCAGGCAGAAUGCAACUUAUUCAUUCUGUUUUGUUUGGUCUGAGGAAUUAUUGGAUGAGUAUUUUUGUUCUCCCUCAAAGUAUUAUCAAGGAAAUUGAGAAGCUGUCUCGAGGCUUUCUUUGGGGUCUCAAUGGGAAUAGAUGUAAGAUUCAUAUGGCUUCUUGGGACAAAGUUUGUUUGCCUAAGGCUUUUGAGGGGCUCGGGUUCAGAAAUGGCCAGCGUUGGAAUCAUGCUAUUUUAGCCAAGUAUGUUUGGGCUGUCUCUGAAAAGCAUGAUGUGUUAUGGGUAAAGUGGGUCAACUCAGUUUAUCUGAAAGGUACUGAUAUCUGGUCCUAUAGUUUACCUCCGGAUACCAGCUGGUAUUGGAGGAAGUUAUGCAAUAUCAGAGGUAAAUUUAGUAGGGAGGAUAUCAUUUCUGCUGGUUUAAAUGGGAAGUUUAACUCUGCCAAUAUUUAUAUGCAGUCUUUGAAUCAUGCUCAGGCCAUUAACUCUCAGUUACUGACUUUUGACAACCUUCUGAGGUUCAAAGUUCCUCUUGAGUCUGUCAUGUGCCCAGUGUGUGGUGUUAGUGAAGAGAGUCAUUCUCACUUAUUCUUCACUUGUUCUUUAUCUGGUAAAAUUCUGGAGUUAUUAGCUGAUUGGCUGAAGAUCAGUUUAUGGCUGGUUGAAUUUGACAGAUGGAGAGAUUGGCUUUCUAGUAGGAACAAUGGGUUACUAUCUCACAUUUAUAACAUGUUGUUUGCUGUUGUUGUUUACUGCAUUUGGAGGAACCGAAAUUGUUGCAUUUUUUAUCUCUACUCUCGAACUGCAUCUAGUAUAGCUGCUGAAAGAACUACUCAGAAGCCAGUGCUCAGAUCUUCUUCGAUUGAAAGGAGUUCAAUCAAGUCUACACAUGAUAGAGUGGUGGUUGAAGAUGAAGGGAGGGACAAUCCCCCAGAAGAGGUUUUCGCUGAUACGGUUACUGAUUUUUCAGAGGUUGGGGAGGUACUUUCUCGGGCAGAUUGUGAUGGUUCCAAGCCUGGGAACCAUUCGGGGCCUAGGUUAGGGGCAAACGUAAAGGAGGCGAAGGAUUUUCAGGAAUUGGCUAAGGAGAAGUGGGCAAACUUUCAGGAGUCAUUUGCUUCUCAUGGUGGUGCUCGACUCAAUUUUGAGGAACCUCUGGUCAGAGAUGGGAAAUUAAUAGCUUAA